CGUCUGCUUAAGCACGGACAACCGCGCGCUGUUGAUGGAGCUCGAGGAAAAAUGCGCGCGCUCCUUCUCUUCGCUGCUCUGUGUGGCUGCGUCUUCGCCUCAGUCUGGCCGCUGCAGAUGCAGUGCUACCAUUGCGAGGAGACACUCCUGAACAACGACUGCUCAGCCGCCAAGUUCAUCGUCAACUGCACGGCCAACAUCCAGGAUGCCUGUCAGAAGGAGGUGAUGGUGGGCGCGCACGGUGUGUCAUACCGCAAAGCCUGCGCCUCGUACACGACCUGCCUGAUCGCGUCGGCCGGCUACCAGCCCUUCUGUUCCCCCGGCCGGGUGGGCUCCGUCUGCAUCAGCUGCUGUAACACUCCUCUGUGCAACGGUCCACGGCCCCCCCGCAUCUCCAAGGCCCACACGUGCACUCCACUCAGCCUCGUGAUCCUCCUGGCCCUCGCCGUUACUAUGGCAACCCUGUCUGCAAUCUUGCUGUGA